AUGGAGGGAACCGUGUUUACCCCCUCUUUGGAAGGAAUGAAGCAUGUCAAAUCGGAGCAAGGAGAAAUGCUAACCAAGCCUUUCUUGGAUGUGUGCAAACUUUUGUUGCCUGUUCUAGAUAAAUUUGGAGCUGCUAUGACAGUUGUGAAAUCUGAUAUCAGCAGUAACAUAUCGAGGUUGGAAUCUAAAUAUACUUCAAAUCCAUCCAGAUUCAAUUACUUGUACAGUUUGGUACAAGCAGAAGUUGAAACAAAAAGUGCAAAAUCCUCAUCAAGCUGUACCAAUGGUCUUCUUUGGUUGACAAGGGCAAUGGAUUUCCUAGUGGAGCUGUUUCGUAACUUAGCCCAGAAUCAAGAUUGGUCGAUGGCACACGCUUGUACAGAUUCUUAUGCCAAGACUUUGAAGAAAUGGCAUGGGUGGCUCGCUACUUCAAGUUUUACUGUUGGUAUCAAGCUUGUUCCGAAUAGGAAUAAGUUCAUGGAGGUGAUAGGGAGCACGGGGGAUGUCUACGGUGAUAUGGAAAAAUUCUGCACCAACUUUUCACCACUUCUUCAAUCGAUCCACAAGUUUCUGGCUAGUGUUGGCUUGGAUAGUAUGAAAGUUACAUGA